UGUGUGUCGAUACAAUGCAACCCCAAACUUAAUCGACGCCAUUCAGAAUUUAAUUAAACUGGGAAUCGAUCCGAAAGCGAAGACAAAAGAUGGAUCAAAUGCACUCCAUUAUUUGACUCGAUACAAUUCAAAAUCAGACUUGAAUAGCGUAAUUAAAAUCUUGGGGAAUUCUGGAAUUGAUCUGUGGGAGGAAGACGACAACGGAUGGAAUAUGUUUUACUACUUGGAUAUCAAAAAUAAGAAGAAAAUGGAAAUUUGGAUCGACCGUGAGGCUUUCUUAGGGCAAGGUGGCUUUGGUCAUGUGCUUAAAGGAAAGUAUGGAGGCCGUGAAGUCGCAGUAAAAAGAGUUGAACUACGUUUCGUCAACAAAAACGAAGAAGAAGCUUUGCGAGCGUUAGAUCAUCCAAACGUCGUCAAACUUCUUCACUGUGACAGUGAUGAAGACUUUAGGAUGUAUGUAUUGGAAUUAUGCGACGCCUCUUUAGAUCAGCUCUUCCUGGAGCCGAAUCACCCAAAGAAAUACGACGGACCUAUGCCACGUUAUAUUCACGUUUUUCUUCAGUUAGCUUCGGGGCUCAAACACAUCCAUUCGAAGCUAAUCAUCCACAGAGACAUCAAACCGCAAAACGUGCUCAUUUCAAAGACACCUGCCAGUCGAAGCAAUGAGGUAACAAUAAAAUGGGCUGAUUUUGGAUUGUCCAAAUCCGUAGAUGAAAAAGGAAAUCACUCGUGGUCUGGAGUAAGAGGAACCAUAAAUUGGUACGCCCCCGAGGUGCUGAAGAUAAGCAAUGACACAAAAGAGGCAGAAAAGGCAAAAAAGCAUAAAGGAACAGUCAAGAGCGAUGUAUUUGCCCUAGGCCUUGUCUUUGGGUUUCUUUUCUUGAAAGGAGAACAUGUCUAUGGUUCCAGUGAAAGAGAAAUUUACAAUAACGUAAUUACAAAGCAACCGAUCAACUUGAAGAAAAUUGACGGUGAAUUACUCGAAAUUUAUCAGAAUAACCUACUUCAGAAAAUGUUGGAAAAUGAUCCUAGCAAGAGGAUGACAUCAGAAGAAGUAGUCGAACAACUGAAAUCUAUCGAGGACAAGCUUGCAGAAAAAGAGGAACAAUUGCGUCAGCUAUGUGCAAGUCCUAACCCUCGGUCAGAUAUAACCAGAAAAAUCAAAGACUUGAUUUGCUUUGGAAUCGACGUGAAUGCAAAGAACCAAUUUGGAUGCAAUGCGCUUCAUCGUCUGUGUCGUUACAAUUCCACCCCACAACUAAUCGAGGCAAUUAAAGUCUUGAUCGAACUCGGCAUCGACUUGAACGUAAAAACAAAAGAUGGAUUGAGUGCGCUUCAUCUUUUGUGUUCCAACAAUUCAACCCCCCACUUAAUCGAGGCAAUUAAAGUCUUGAUCGAACUCGGCAUCGACAAGGACGCAAAAACCAACGCUGGAUCGAGUGCGCUUCAUCUUUUGUGUUCCAACAAUUCAACCCCCCACUUAAUCGAGGCAAUUAAAGUCUUGAUCGAACUCGGCAUCGAAUUGAACGCAAAGGACCAAGAUGGAUGGAAUGCGCUUCAUUUUUUGUGUCGUUUCAAUUCAACCCCCCACUUAAUCGAGGCAAUUAAAGUCUUGAUCGAACUCGGCAUCGAAUUGAACGCAAAGGACCAAGAUGGAUUGAGUGCGCUUCAUCUUUUGUGUUCCAACAAUUCAACCCCCCACUUAAUCGAGGCAAUUAAAGUCUUGAUCGAACUCGGCAUCGAAUUGAACGCAAAGGACCAAGAUGGAUUGAGUGCGCUUCAUCUUUUGUGUUCCAACAAUUCAACCCCCCACUUAAUCGAGGCAAUUAAAGUCUUGAUCGAACUCGGCAUCGACAAGGACGCAAAAACCAACGCUGGAUCGAGUGCGCUUCAUCUUUUGUUCUUGAUCGAACUCGGCAUCGAAUUGAACGCAAAAAUCCUGGACCAAGAUGAUGAAUGCACUUCGGAUUUUGUUUGUCGUCGUUUCAAUUCAACCCCCACUUAA